AUGUCUGUUAAAACUAUUAACGAAAUUAAUGAGCUUUUAGCUCUUUUGGAAGAAGAAAAAAAACAUCUACAACAAAAUUUCAAGAAAAGAAAUACAAAUUUAGAAACUGGUCAUUCAAAUUGGAUAAUUUUGGAACUUAUUAAAAAAAAUAUUCAAAAUAGACGUGAUUAUACUAAAAGAAAAGAAAAGAAAAGAGCCAAUAAAAUUGAUAAUGAUGAUGUUUCUGGUGGUAACUUUGCUCCUGGUGGUAACUCCGCUCUUAAUGGUGAUAAUUCUGCUCCUAACAGUGGUGAUUCUGCUGUUUCUGGUGACAAUAAUCUUGUGAAUGAUAUUGAUUUUUUUGAUAGAUCCAAUAAAAGAAAGCCUAAAGAUAAAUCAUCACCAAGCAAAAAAUCCAAAAAAUCACCAGCAAAGAAAGAAAAUAAAAAUACCAGACCAAAAAGAAAUUUUAAUAAAAACAUUUGA